CCCAUUCUCAAGUUAUUAUUAUUACCCUUCACACCAAAAUUUUCCCCUCUCCCAUUCUCCAAAAUCCUAACCGGCGCAUCAAACCCUCCGUUCUUAUUCACUGCCCAAACCCCCCAAAAAAGAAGAAAUAAAACAAUGAAGGGUUGGAUGAAUUCAGGAGUUGUGAGUACGAUCCAUGAGGAGGAAGACUACGACUCUUCUUCUUCGUCUUCGCCCCCCCCUUCGUCUCUUUUGGUUCAACGUAUCGAUAUUUCAUCUCCUUCCACUCCUCUAAGAUCUAGAGUCCAAGAAUGGUCAUUGGCUUCUGGUUCUACGCCUGAUGCGAUUAUACAUGUCAAUGGAACAAGCUUCCGUCUGCACAAGGAUCCUCUGUCCAAAAGGAGUGGUUAUUUAAAACGCCACCUAACGCGCGUCUCCGAAUUAACUCUCUCCCCGCCGUUAAACAUAACGGCUGAUACAUUCUCUUUAGUAGCCGAUUUCUGUUACGGCGGGCAUAUCCAGUUAACGCCGUUAAACUUUGCUUCCCUGAGAGUCGCCGCCGAGCUGCUUCAGAUGACGGGUACCCACGGAGACGGCCGGGAGAACCUCAGGAAGAUAACAGAAUCGUACUUCCGGCGAGUCGUCUCCGUGAGCGUCGAUCUCACGGGCGUUGUUCUGCGUUCUUGUCUUGCUCUGCUUCCCGAGUCGGAAACGACGGCGCUUUUGGUUGGCCAGUGCAUCGAAGCGUUAACCUUGACGGAAUACGGAGACGGCAUUGAUGAUUUCCUCGGUGACGCCGUCCAACUUGCAGCCGGCGAUUUCGUGAUCGUUGCCGAGGGGGGGAGCCACGACUUACUAUACAGGAUCAUCGAUUCUUACUUGGAGGUGCAAGACGGAAAGAUAACGGAUAAAGAAAAGGUUCAGGUAUGCAGUACAAUAGACUGCGGCAAGCUAACGGCGCCGUUACUCCUCCACGCGGUCCAAAACCCGAAAAUGCCGCUGAGGUUCAUCGUUCGCGCCAUGCUUCAGGAGCAGCUCAACACGCGCCACUCGAUCCUCGCCGCCGGUGCAGGCGGAUGCCGGCAGAUCUCCGCCGCGAGAAACUCCACCGUCACGCUCGGCUCGCUCCUCCAGCUUGACUCGGCGGCGCGGCAAACUGCUAGGCUCAAAGCCAAGAUGGAAUCAACCAGCUCGCGAAUCGAGAGCCUGGAGAAAGAGCUCGACGCCAUGAGGAAGAUCAUAUCGGAGGAAUCCGAGAAACAGAGAUCCGAUCGGGUAGGUUCGGGUCGAUCCGCUAGCUUCCGUUGCGUUAUCCGGCCGAGUGAGGGAAAGAUCGAGAGAGGGGAGAGAGGAUCGGUGUCGUCGCUGAGUACGACGUUCAGAAGGAGAGGCGAGAGCCCGAAUGCGAUUAAGGGAAGCAGUGGUAGAAAAAAUAUAGGAAGAAGGCUUAUCGAGGGAAUAAAAGGUGUUUUCUCGGCAUCCAAACAAGCCCCCAAGAAAAACGCCUACGACAUUUACGACGGGUUGGAUCAUUUCGUUUGGAUCAGAGACGAAGACGACGACGUAAGUGAAGAAGAUUUUCGAUCUCGUCGCCUGAAGAAUGAUAAUUCCUACUCGUGAUAAUCCAAACAAGCCCUUUUGCUAUCGAUUACCCUUAAAAAUUGUUUUGGGAUUAUGGCUUCAA